CAGGAGAAAGUCGCGUGGUGUGGAGGGAACGUAACAAAGGCUGAAUUUUCCAAGUCCAACAACACGAGCCCUGUGGGCGAGUAUGUGGGCCCAGCGAUUUACGUGUCUCCCCAUCUGAAGUAUCUUAGGGGUAGGGGGAAGAAAGGAGCAGCAGGCCUCUUGCUACCCGAGUGGCAGGACAGAAGAAUCCGACCACUCCACUCGCUCACUGGCUACAUUGAGGUGGCUUUUGCAUGACCACAACAAGCAACCUUUAAGCCUAUUUUUCCCAAUCACACCUCUUCAGCAACCUACCAGUCUCCGGAAACAGUAAACGUAGCAGCAUUGGGACUUAUUUGAUAAGCACUGAGCGACUAGCGUCGUAGCAUCACAUGUAGACUCAGCUGGCCACUAGCACAGGUCAGCUCCCCUCUCUCAUGUACCAGAGCAAUAAACGCCACCACGCUUACCCGAAACCAAUCUGCAUCCAUAAAAUUGCCAGGACUUAUUUUGACAAAACCUUCCCCAAACCCGUAGUAGCACCAUCACACUUCACUUCCUCAAUUGACACAAUACCGCCCUCGAAACAACAUGGCUGCCACCGAUCCUAUUCACUCAUGGAUGUAUUUCCUGCAACGGGAUCCCAAAUUUGAGACUGAACGCGUCUACGAACUUAGACGGCAGAAGCCUACAAAGAAGAUCCCCCAGACCAACAUGCUGCUCGAAAAGGUGGACAACAUCGCCAUUCAUGAUGUCCGUCCUCGACUCGAACAGUGCUCUUUCGGCACUACUGGAUUCUUCCUCCUGGAUAUGGACACAGGAUUGGUUGCAGAAGACUUUGAUCAUCGCGAGAAGGUGAUAAAGUGCUUCCUUCCUCAGUUGGCAGCUGAAGUCAAGGACAGGCUCAAUGCCAGUAGGGUGCAGAUCUUUGACUACCAGCUUCGAAAGCGGAACCGAGACUUCCCCAUCAGCAAUGGAGAGGUGUAUGAGUAUAGACAGCCUUCCUGUCUUGCUCAUGUUGACGCUACUCCCGGUGAUAUCGAGCGGCUCAGACAUGGUCUCAACAAGGGCAGCUUUGAACGUGUGGACAACGUGCGCUGUCAGUUUGUCAACGCCUGGAAGCCUCUCAGGGGCCCAACUCGGGAUUGGCCACUUGCCCUGUGCGACAAUCGAUCAGUUGACCCAGAGAUGGACUUGAAGAUCUGCGAUCUCGUAGCGCCGGAUGGUACAUCUGAGACUGCCUCGGUUCAUCACUCCCCUAACCAACGAUGGUGCUAUGUCAAGAACCAGAUGCCUAAUGAGAUCUGGGUGUUUAUGCAGUCUGACUCGAACGGCAGAUCAGGUGUACCGCACUCUUCAUUUCCACACCCGGAUGCCACUGAAGAGGAUCAUUUGAGGGAGAGUAUUGAAGUGAGAAUAUAG